UCUUCCACCUCCAUCCUUUUCUUCCUUCUUUCUCCCAACCAAGGUUAAGGAAUUAGAAGGAAAUUGGAUUGUUUACGAAUCACUGUUCAUGAUUAUUGUUCACGCAUUAUGCUUUGAUCUCUUUCAAUAGGAAGUCCUAAUAUUAUUUUGGACAUAUUAUGAAUUUGUUUGACAUGUGUAUGUGUUUGUGGCUAUGGAGGAAGUGGACCUAAGCUUAAAGCUUGGGGUAUUCAGUGGACCCUUCGGGGUAUUUAAUGGACCUCUGCGCAAUAGAUCUAAAGGUCUUAGAACCCAAGUUUAUAGCCUAAACUUAUUACUUACUGGGCUGUGAGCUCAUAAAAUUCCCCCCCAUUUCAGAUUAGUAGAUCGAGGUAGCAUCAUCUCGGUUUAGGAGCUUUUGGCACGGGACUCGCAUGCUCGUUGUAUGUACCAGCUAGGGCCUCGUGUUUUCGAUAGGGAGGCAGAUCGAUGUCUUACCAAAAUCAUGACUCAGCUUUUGUUUUUUUGAAAAGCCUUGAAAAAGAAUUUGCCUCGUAUAAUUUUUGUGUAAAUUACCUUUGUAUAUAAAAUCUUUAAAUUAAU